AUGGUAUCCCCAGUGUGGGACGAUCGGGUGCUUGAUGACGUGUGUUUCCCUCCCUCAGGAAAGCCAGUGUGGGGGGAGAGUGGAGAGCUGGUGUGUCUGAAGCCAAUCCCCUGUCAGCCCACCUACUUCUGGAACGACGAGAAUGGGAGCAAAUACCACAAGGCUUACUUCUCCUCCUUCCCAGGUCAGUCCUGUCCAUAGAGAUAGAUAGAGCUUCCCCUCCUUCCCAGGUCAGUCCUGUCCAUAGAGAUAGAUAGAGCUUCUCUUCCUUCCCAGGUCAGUCCUGUCCAUAGAGAUAGAUAGAGCUUCUCCUCCUUCCCAGGUCAGUCCUGUCCAUAGAGAUAGAUAGAGCUUCUCCUCCUUCCCAGGUCAGUCCUGUCCAUAGAGAUAGAUAGAGCUUCUCCUCCUUCCCAGGUCAGUCCUGUCCAUAGAGAGAGAUAGAGCUUCUCUUCCUUCCCAGGUCAGUCCUGUCCAUAGAGAUAGAUAGAGCUUCUCCUCCUUCCCAGGUCAGUCCUGUCCAUAGAGAUAGAUAGAGCUUUUCUUCCUUCCCAGGUCAGUCCUGUCCCAUAGAGAUAGAUAGAGCUUCUCCUCCUUCCCAGGUCAGUCCUGCCCAUAGGAGAUGAGCUCUCUAGUACAUCUCUAUCUUUGCAAUGUCCGCUUCUGUGACAGCAUGCUCAGCACCAUUGAGGGCUAUCUCCAUUUUAAAGUAGUCUGUAGAUGAUCACUAUCCGGCUCAGCUUACUAACAUGCGUGCUCCUCUGCAGGUGUUUGGGCCCACGGUGACUACUGUAAAAUCAACCCAAACACAGGAGGAAUAGUCAUGCUUGGCAGAAGGUGAGUCAUUGGGCUUGUUCCACACUACGGCCAACUGACUGAUCUACAAAUGGCCUUACGCCGUUCAUAGGCCUAACUACUCAUUGUCAUGUGUAGAUCAGACAGUCUGUCACAAUUUACCCACAAUGCAUCACACAUUUGAUGCUCUCGAAUACAGCCAUUCGCUCAUUCCGACACGUACUAAUUACCUCAGGAGACAGACGACUACGCCACCAUAGUUUUUGUUUGGUCACCUUCAUUACGUUCUUGUCUCAAUCACAGCGAUGGAACUUUGAACCCCAACGGCGUGCGCUUUGGGAGCUCCGAGAUCUACAACAUUGGUGAGCGAUGGGUGUUUCUUACCCAUGAAGGGUUUGGAGUGACAGCAGUUUUUUCCUCAUUAGCUAGUCAUCAUUGAUAUGAUUGGCUGCAUCACAAAAUGGCACCCUGUUCCCUACAUAGUGCACUACUUUUGACCAGAGCCCAGUGGGAAUAGGGUGCCAUUUUUGGACGCAGCCAAUAUCUGCUACUAAUCCUGAAGUAUCAGCCAAUCUGUCAGAUCUUCUAAAUGUGUACGCUUUUGUUCUCAUCUUGUAUCCAGUGGAGGCCUUUGAGGAAGUGUCCGACAGCCUUUGCGUUCCACAGUACAGCGGGGACGGCGAGGAGAGAGUGAUCCUGUUCCUCAAGAUGACACCCAACCAGUCCUUCGGCCCGGAGCUGGUACAAAAAAUUCGCGGAGCCAUCCGGAAAGCUCUCUCCGCACGCCACGUACCGGCACUGCUCCUGGAGACCAGAGACAUUCCUGUAAGAACAUUCUCCUAUCGUCAUUUUCAAUGUGUUCAUGUAGUCACACUGAGCAAAGAGUGCACCCAAAGAGAGCAAUUUAAUAAAAAAGAACCCUAACGUUAGACACACUUAUGUGGGUAAACACUUCCAGAUGAUGGGCGGAGAGUCAUGCUUACACAUUUCUUAUUGUACAAGUCUGUACCAGGACAAAUAGAAGCACUCCCACCCCCUGUAAGUGCUGUUACGUUCUACCACAUCGCUGGGGCUCUAUUCACUAACUGUCUCAGAGUUAGAGUGAUGAUUUGGGAUCAGUUUUGCCUUUUAUGUCACAUGGACAAGGGUGGGAACUGCACUCCUACUCUGAGAGGCUUGAUACAUGUAGACGUUCCCUGACCCUGUGUGUUUCUCUCUGUCUCUGUCUCUGUCUCUGUCUCUGUCUCUCUCUCUCUCUCUCUGUCUCUCUCUGUCUCUCUCUGUCUCUCUCUGUCUCUGUCUCUAUCUCUCUUUCUCUUUCUCUUUCUCUAGUACACCCUCAGUGGGAAGAAGGUGGAGGUGGCUGUGAAGCAGGUGAUCGCUGGGAGGGAGGUGACCCAGCGAGGGGCCUUCUCCAACCCGGACUCCCUUGACCUCUACAAGAACCUGCCAGAGCUCCAGAACUUCUGA